UCAAAUUUUUCAUGAUCUCCGAGCAACAAGAGCACCCAAAUUUUGGUCAAAAACAUACACUGAUCUUCUCUGCAAUGCUGGUUGGGCAUGCAGAAAAAUACUCUCGGAAUACAGUACAACAAUCAUCAACAAUGCCCCUAGUACGAUCUCCUCUGCACCUAGUGCUCUUCUUCUCCAACCUCGCCGCGGCGUCUGCAGCCACAGAGCGGAUAAUCCCGAACUCCACCACGCCGUCGUCGUCGUUGUCGUGCCCGUCGUACCGGUGCGGCCACGCCGUGGACAUCCGGUACCCGUUCUGGAUCGACGACAACGGCAGCGCGAGCGCCGGCAACGCCUCGUCGUGGUCGUCCUCCCAGUCCCACUGCGGGUACCGGAGCCUGCGCCUGGAGUGCCGGCGGGAGACGCCGGUGCUGCCGCUCCCGUCGGGGGACUACGCCGUGACGCGCAUCAUGUACGGCGACCGCACGCUGUCGCUCUUCGACCUGGGCGUGUUCUCGCUGUCCAACACCUGCCCGCUGGUGGGCCGCAACCUGUCCCUCCCCGCCGGUUCGCCGCCGCCGCUGUCGCUCACGCCGCGGGACGCCAACCUCACCUUCUUCGUCCACUGCUCCUUCGUCGGCAUCCCGGCCCACCUCGUGGCGUGCCUCGAGGGCGACGGCAGGCACCACUCGUACGUGUUCCGCGACGGCGACGAGCUCGCGCCGUAUGGGUACGCGGGGCUGUGCCAGAGCGUCGUCGGCAUGCCCGUGCUGCGGAGGUCCCUGCUCGGCGCCGGCUCCGGGGGCAGCAGCAGCAGCCCGCUGGACGCCGUCGUGCCGGCGCUCAACAUGGGGUUCGAGCUGAGCUGGACGCCGGAGACGGACGGGGAGUGCGGGCAGUGCGAGAGAGCCGGCGGCCUGUGCGGGCGCCGUCGGCAGGCCGGGCACGGGACGUGGACCUUCGCGUGCUUCCGGGCUGCGGCGAACACAGCGUGGAUUCCUUCGAAAACCCCAGGGUUAACAAUAUCGAGAUGCGUCGUUACGAAUUGGCCUGACAGCAAGUUAGGCUAACUAUAAAGGAUGGCCCAAGUACACUGGGCCUUAGCCCGUAUAGGGCCGGUCUCCGGUGGACUUAACUUAAGAUUUGUUGAAUGGGUCCAAUCGGCAUGCUGAGACGUGACACCCAAGAUGAAAAUAUGUGUUGCCAAGGUGUCAAUUUCUUGCGCGUGUGUACGUGAGUUAUACGCGUCUAAAAUUGUACGGUAAAAAGGUGGAUAUAAAUUACCUGUGGGUACAGGUGUGGUAAUAUGUUCCCAUAUACCCACAUACCCGAUGAGUCGAGAUUUUUACCUAUUAGUAUACCAUGGAUGAA